AUGUCCACUGCUGAUACCGGAACCGAUUUCUAUGAUCGCAGUCUGACGAGUCGCAGAUAUGCCCUCGUCGGAGUGGUAUGUGCAACUAUCUUUAGUUGCUUAUGCAUCGUUGCAGGGAUUGUCGCUUUAGCCAAUCACGGAAUCAUGAGAAUAACCCCGCUCAACAUGACCGUGUAUGAAAUGCUUCCUCAAGUCCCGCUGCAGGUGAAGAUAUUGACCAUGAUACUUGACUUAAUCGUCAUGUUAUGUACCGAGUCCAUAGGCUUCGUACACGGCCUCUCAUUGCGCUCUGCGCUAGCCGCAGAGUCUCGACUUCGUUUCAACCCUAAUCUGCGUCUUUUGACCGCAGCUCGUGGAUGGUAUAACCCUAACGGCGCCCUGCUUAACGGCAUCUCGGCUGUACUCCUUAUUAUAUCCUACAGCUCGGCCUCACUCGUGAUUACGGACACAAUAUCUAUGAUUGGGACAGACACUGCACCAUCUUUUAGUGCGAGUCUCGCCAUCGUAGGGUUACCUCUCCUCGUUUUGGGUGUCGCGAUCCUCCUCCAGGUGAUGAUCGCAUUGUCAGGGAUGCGAGCUGUCAAAAUCUUGACGUGGAGCUCCUCGCCUUUCGACUUGACCGCUGCACUGGUCCACCACACGCAAUUGGUCCCUGCUACUUUCCGGUGCAUGCGUCGUGUGUCUGACCUAGACACGUAUGGAGGUCCAGCGAAGCCACCAGACACCCAGCCCCCUGCGUGGCAUGCUCAUCCUAGCAUCCGGAAAGUUAACAUUUCUCUUUGGGUGAUCGUUGCCGCAUGCGCUGGAUGGGCAGCAUUGACCAUGUAUAUCUGUGACCGCCUCUACGGCCCCCUGCCGAUCCUACAAAUUUGGUCAUUCUUCCAGAAUGAGGAUUCCCCUCUCGUCACAUAUCUUAUACCAUAUAACAACGACGUUGAGGGGUGGACUCUGCUCUUUGUCAAUAUUGCAGUUGUCCAGGCGCCGUUGACGCUUGGGCUGCAUUGCUCAGAGCUCAUCGUGAACGUCAUUCGAGAUGAAAAACAGUGGAGAUGCGCUACCAGAAGUAAAGGACUAACAGUGGCAACAAACCCGCUCAAGUCGAUUUUCACUGAUCCGAUCUGUCUCAUACUUUUUGUCGCGAAGCCUUUCCUGCGCGAGUCAUUAUGCCUAGAAUUCUUGCCAGUGUUACCGAGCCCUAUCUUCGACGAUCACAGACUGGAUGUUUGGGCUUUCGUUCAUCUGGAACUUAUGUAUUGCGCUCUUCAUAUUUGCCUGUUUCUUCACUUUCAUCGCAUAAUGGCAUUGCGCCGACCGUCUGGUCCUCAGCCGGCUGCAUACGGCCACCUUCAAACACUCGCCGACCUCGUAGACGAGUGGUCGCCUGUGAUGUGGUGA